UCCACGAAGUUCUAAAAACAGAUAAAUAAAUCGGCCGAGGCUGAAUUACAGUUCAGCCCUCUACUACUCGCGGCACGAACGAAGAUUGAAGCGCCGGCGGGCGGCGAUUGGAUUGCUGGUGGGGUUUCCGCUCGAGUUCAACAGCCAAAAGAGGUCUCAAGUAAUUGGGAAGUUUGGAGGUCACUUUGAGCAGAGGAUCAAAAAGGGUUUUGAGGUUUAGCCUGCCCUGCCCCCCAUGCUGCACUCCAUUUGCCAUCUCCAGGUUCCUUUAUUUGCUUUUGCAGUGCAAUUCUACUUCUUCUGCCAUCCGAAUUCCUUGCCGAUUCGGGUUCCUCGUACCGCUUGCCCAUUCAAUGGAGAAAGAAACCACUUGAAGAAUUGACAUUCGUGGUUUGUUUGCCUUCACAACAGAAUAUCAAGCACUACUUAGCACAGUCAUGGGCAGAAGGAAGCAAUCCCGGCCUCAUCGGUCUGGUGGUUUGGUUAUAGAACCUAGUAAGGCUGCUGGGUCUGGAUCAGGAUUAGAUAAAGGAAAGUCAAUUGAAGCUGAUGCCACGGAACUGGAGCAAGGACUUCCAUUAGAUAAGCCCUAUUAUGUUGAAGUGGAUAAGAGUGACUGGAUUUCGGUCGAGCACCUUGAUCUCUCUGAAGUUGUUCUAAGUAAUUUGUCUCUAAGUCAAGAGUAUCCUACUUUUGUUAUAGAUCAAGACUUUUACCAGGAGUUGAAGUACUCCUUCAGAAUAUGCGUUGGCGAUGUUGAUGAUAGCGACCUUAAUCGUAUUAAGUUAGGUCAUUGGCCUGUGGUAUCUUCUGAUGAAGUGAGGUUGGAGAUUGUCGAGAAAAGUAUUGCUGAGGACGGAGAAAAUGAAUCUCUAGUCUUAUCAGGGCGUUUUGAUGGUCCAGAUGAAGGUGUUUCUGGUCUUGUUCACUUAAUAAGUAUGAAGUUCGUGACACUGAGGCCAGUUCUAGGAUCUAAAUGUUCAGAGGAGACGAGGACCAUAAGGAUCAGAGUUGAAAUGGUGAAGGACGCUUUUGAUGCUUGUGAAUCACUUCUGGAAUAUAACAGGCAGGUCUGGAAGAAGAGUAUGAUGAACGUGAUGGGUUGGCUGAGACCAGAAGUGAUGACUUCUGAGGCUAGAUAUGGAGUGACUGAAUCCAUGGAAGUGGACGUCAAUAGAAUCAUGGAGAUUGAACAUGACUGUAAUACCUCCAGGAAGCGUGCAAGGUUUGAUGUUGCAGGAUUUUAUGAAGCCAUUAAGCCAUCCAAGUUGGAAAAGAUGCUAGAAGAUGAAUUGCCUGACUUGCUUCCAGUUCUUAGACCCUACCAGCGCCGUGCAGCAUUCUGGAUGGUGCACAGAGAGAAAGGUGAUGGUGAAGAGGAAAGAAGUAAAUCUUUUUCUCCACUGAGUUUGCCAGUGAAUUUUCUUGACAGAUGCACAAGAAUGUUCUACAAUCCAUUCAGGUGCAACUUUUGUUUUUUCCCCCCAGCUGAACAUAAUGUGGAAAGUUCUAAGACUUCUGCAGAUGAGAUGGGUUUGGGGAAAACUGUGGAAUUGCUUGCUUGUGUAUUUGCUCAUCGUCGAACUGAAUAUGAUGAGGAUAAUAUGAUUGAUAUUGAACAAACAGAUGCUGAGAAUGAAAAGGUUCUUAAAAGAUUGAAAAGAGAGCGAGUGGAGUGCAUUUGUGGAGCCGUAACUGAAAGUUACAAGUACACGGGACUUUGGGUACAAUGUGACAUAUGUGAUGCUUGGCAACAUGCAGACUGUGUUGGUUACUCACCAAAAGGAAAACGAAAGAGGUCAACUAGUGUUUUACAAAAACACAGAAAGAAGACCACAAUCAGCUUUGUCGAAAGAGAUGGUCAACAUAUUUGUCAGAUGUGUUCGGAACUAGUUCAAGCUACUGACUCUCCCGUUGCUACUGGCGCCACUCUUAUUAUUUGUCCGGCUCCUAUACUGCCUCAGUGGCAUGCAGAAAUUAUCCGGCAUACACGUCCAGGCUCCCUAAACGUUUGUGUCUAUGAGGGUGUUCGAGAGUCAUCUCUUUUGAAUACAUCGGCAAUUGGUAUUGAAGAACUCGUCUGUGCAGACAUUGUGCUAACCACAUAUGAUGUGCUUAGAGAGGACUUGUCACAUGACUCUGAUCGGCACGAAGGUGAUCGACACUUCUUGAGAUUCCAGAAGAGGUACCCUGUUACUCCAACUCUUCUUACCAGAAUAUUUUGGUGGAGGCUUUGCUUGGACGAGGCACAAAUGGUGGAGAGUAAUGCUGCAGGUGCCACAGAGAUGGCCCUUCGACUGUCUGCUAAGCAUCGUUGGUGCAUCACUGGGACACCUAUUCAGCGCAAACUUGAUGACUUACAUGGACUUCUAAGGUUCCUUAAAGCAAGACCCUUUGAUGUCUCGAGGUGGUGGGUUGAUGUCAUGAGAGACCCAUAUGAGAGGCAAGACAAAGGGGCUAUGGAGUUUACACACAACUUCUUUAAACAAAUAAUGUGGCGAUCUUCCAAAGCACAUGUUGCAGAUGAGUUGCAACUUCCGCCUCAGGAAGAGUGCCUAUCUUGGCUUGCUCUUUCAGCAAUUGAGGAACAUUUUUACCAGAGACAGCAUGAAACAUGUGUGAGUUAUGCCCGUGAAGUUAUAGAUAGUUUGAAAGCUGACAUUGUCAAAAGCGAAGCUUCUGGAUGCAUAUCUUCUAACAGUUUGACCAAUCCAUUCAUCACCCACACGGAAGCUGCAAAGUUACUAAAUUCUCUCUUGAAACUUCGUCAAGCUUGCUGCCACCCUCAAGUGGAAGUUCUGGAUUACGUUCCCUACAACAAACUCCCAUGACAAUGGAGGAAAUUUACUGGUUCUGUGAGUAAGACCAAGAUAGAAGGGGAGGAAGCUCUCAGGAAGUUUAGUAGUUGGCUUUAAAUGCCCUUGCAGGUGAUAGCUAUUAUCAAUCAAAAUUUUGGUGAAGCUGUAAAGUUGUACCAAGAAGCAUUGGCUCUUACUGAUGAACAUUCUGAAGAUUUUCCGUGUGGACCCGUUAUUGAACAUUCACAUUCAUCACAAUUUGGCCGAGGUGCUUGUAAAGGAACCCGGACUCUCUUCAGAGAACUGUUCUCAUGGAGACCAGCGUAAAUGUUCUGAGAAUGUCUUCAAGGUUCACGAUAUUGGGAAAAUGCGAUCUGAGUUCUGUUGAGACAGAAAAAUAUCGGAGUAGAUUCUGAGAUCACCCAUGCUUCGAAUUUAUUUGAGCCGUCAAAGAAUUUGCUUAAAUUCUGACCAAGAAAGUGAGAACUUCAUGGCCUCUAGAUCCUUCAGUGAUAACUCUCUGAGAAUAACAUGCGAGAGUUUGAAAAGAAGUAUCUGUCUGUGUUUAGUUCAAAGCUCUGUGUGACCUCAGCAAGACUUCCGAAAAUUAUACGUGCAGGUUGCUAACGAGUUCGGCGAUUCAAAAGAUGAACAUUCAUUCUGGUGGUUGGAUGCUCUUGAUCAUUCUGGCAGAACGAGGGCAUAUCAAAUGAACUACUAAAAAAGAUUGAAGAGGCCAUCUCAGGAAGUCGAAAAAACUCAAGGUCCACAAGAGUUGCAUCCCGUUUCCGAAGCAUUACUGCCCUAAAGUACCACAUCCAGACUCGCCUCGACCAAGUGGAAACUUCCAGAAAGUUUUGGUUGAUCGAAUAUUGGAAAUUGAUAAAUCAAUGGAAAACCCCAAAGAAGAUGAUAUUGAAAGUGUUAGAUAUUGCCGUGUUGCCAAGGCGUUGAUGAUGGCCCCACAUGUGUCUCAUUGUGAACUAGAAGAAUUGUUCAAGGAUUAUGAAGCAAGGCUAUUUCGCCUCAACAAGCAGACGGAGAGAUAAUUUCUUCUGCUGAAGAAGCAGUGGAUUUACAAAAAGAAACACUGAACUGAAUCGUUUCUAUUGGAAUUUAUCACGCCAGAAAAGAACUCAUUUGUCGCUGGUGACGUAAAUGAAGAAUCAAGGAAGAGAGAUGUUGGGGAAAGAGUAGUGGUUUCAAAAAUUGCCCUCGGAACUCGAGGUUGUACUUGGAGUAGUAAAAAGCUAUUGCAAGGCUCACUUAAGCAAGGAACACUUGUCUGCAGCCAACAAGCAGCUUCAUUUACUGGAGGGCAUGAGGAAGGAGUAUGGUUCUGCAAGAUCGUUGGCGGUUGCUCAAGCUCAGUUUCUGCGUGCUCAUGAUGAAAUUAGGAUGGCAACAUCAAGACUGCAUCUAAGAGAGGACGAGAAUGAUAAGUCUCUAGAUGCAUUAGGUCCGGAGGAACUAGAGACAGCUAGCGUCCUACAAUCUAGUGACAAGUUCGUGGCUCUGAAUUUAUUGUCACGUAUUAAAGGAAAGCUUCGGUACUUGAAGGGUUUAGUACAAUCAAAACAGAAAGUUUCUUCUGAAUGUUCAAACACCCCCUUGUCAGCUACAACCUCAGUAUCUGUGUCUACAGAGAGGGCAGGUGAUGGUCUGACUAAAGAUGAUGAAGAAGCAUGCCCUAUCUGCCAUGAGAAGCUAAACGAUAAGAAGAUGGUCUUCCAAUGUGGACACUUGACUUGCUGCAAAUGCUUAUUCGAGAUGACAGAUUCAAACCGCAGCAGGAUUAUAACAAGUCCCAGCAGCAGCCGAAAUGGGUGAUGUGCCCAACGUGUCGACAGCGUACAGAUUAUGGGAACAUUGCUUAUGUUGAUGAUAGACAGGAGAAAUCUUCCGGGUCAGAUAAUUCACCAACAUCACAAGAUUGUGAAAAGGGUGAAGCAUCCUUGGCUGUCCAAGGUUCCUAUGGUACUAAGCUUGAAGCAGUGACGCGAAGAGUGCUGUGGAUCAAGUUUUCAGAACCCGAUUCCAAAGUUCUUGUCUUUUCAAGCUGGAAUGAUGUCCUGGAUGUGUUAGAACAUGCUUUCAAGGCAAAUGGGAUAACGUAUAUUCGCAUGAAAGGAGGCAGGAAAUCACAUGCUGCCAUUAGUGAGUUCAGAGGGCAGAACAAGAAAAACCAGGAAUCUACUGACGAACAGCAAGAACCCAAAUCAAUCCAAGUCCUACUCCUGCUGAUUCAGCACGGAGCCAACGGACUCAAUCUGUUGGAAGCACAGCACGUCGUGCUCGUGGAGCCACUGCUGAACCCAGCAGCAGAGGCACAAGCAAUCAGCAGGGUGCACAGAAUAGGACAGGAGAAGCGCACUCUCGUCCAUCGCUUCAUAGUUAAAAACACCGUGGAAGAGAGCAUCCACAAGCUGAACAGAAGCAGGAACACGACGACGACUUCGUUCAUAAGUGGGAACACCAAGAACCAGGACCAGCCUAUUCUGACGCUUAAGGACGUGGAGUGUCUGUUUGCUUCUUCAACGCCAGCUGCAGAAGAUAGUGAGAAGAAAACAGAAGAAGAAAAGGAGGCCAGUGAGAGUACUUCUAGCCUAAGGCAGCUGCCGCCAGCCGUGGCAGCUGCCAUAGCUGCUGAGAGGAGACUAAUGCAGAACAGACUUCCAGCCUCAUCUCCAGCUUUGUAGCAUCCGUUUAAUGUAGUUUAGAGGACCAUAAUUAAACAAAAUCUGUACAUCUAGGGAAAUAGAAUCUUUCUUAAAUACAUGACAUUCAAGUAAUGCAAACUUCAAGUUCUUAUAGAUGACUUCCGAUUGAAAAAAAUGUGAGUAUGUAAUAAAAGAAAGAUACAUUAUUCAACCUUUAUCAACAACUCAAAUUAUCGAGAUUAA